AUGAAGUUUGCCAGAUAUCUCGAAGAGACUCAGAUACCAGAAUGGAAAAGGGCAUACCUCGAUUAUCAGCUACUCAAAUGCAAGUUAUCCACUAUCAAACAUUACUAUGAGGCCAAUCCUCCAACCCAAGAGGCUCCCAGUGUUGUCAGCAAGACGCCAAUAAGGGUCAUGGGUUCUGCCGCUUCGAUUCUUCGAAGUAGCCCUGCAAACGCUUUUCGCAACACCACUCCUAAGAACCUACUUGAUCCUGAGGAGUACGCGCCAUUGGCCACAUCGGACCUUAGCCCAAUCCCGAGUCGAGCGGACACUCCUGCGGACAAGAGGAAAUCAAUUCCUCUAAAUGCUAGUAGUCAAGAUUCUCUCCAAGACUUGGAACUUCCACCUCCGAUGAAAUAUUUGGAACCUCAGCCGGAGGAAGACCUUAUUGACAAGGAGGAAAGGGGAAGUGCAACCGGCGCUGACCUCGGUCGACGCAAGUCGCUCCCAACCAGAGCGUUUGCCGGAAACAUCAGGGCAAGUCGUCCACCCAUGUCAAACCGUAGCGCCAGUAUGCAGCAAGCGGAAUUUUUGAAAUACACUCACCGUGAUGUACCGCCUAUCAAUACUGCUGAAGCACCCCCGGCACAAGCACCAAAGACUCCGAGAAUCUCGUUGAGCGGUUUUAGGCGAUUCACCCUCACGCGCCAACGCCGUGACACACUUCACUCAGCCCGGCUUCCCUCUACGAUCGAUGACAUAUUAUCAUCUUUGAAUCCAGUCGAGCUCGAGUUCUUUGGAACAUUGCACCAGGAGGUUGAAAAGGUUGACAAGUUCUACAAAGACCGUGAAAAAGAGGCCGUUCUGAGAGUGAAUGCUCUCAGGGAGCAGUUGGAAGAGCUUCGUGGACAUAAGAAGCUGCUUGAUGAAUCCAAUGAUGGCGCUUGGCCAGGGGUCUUGUCGGUCUUUGGCACGAUUAGUGCACCUCGGCGUCCAAAAGCGACGAGUUCUGCAGACAACUCGGGUGGAUCUCGAACUGGUUCCCGUGAGCGGGCACAUGUUGAUCGAGCUGCGCACGAUCCAGAUGCGUACCGCCGUGCCAAGGGGAAGCUGAAAAGGGCAAUCUUGGAGUUUUACAGAGGCCUGGAGUACUUGCAGAACUACCGAAUUCUGAAUGUUACAGGGUUUCGUAAAGCACUAAAAAAGUUUGACAAAAUCACCAAAAUGGGGGUUCAAGAGCAGUAUACGCGCGAAAGAAUUGAAGGUCGUGAUUUCACAUCGGGCGAGACCUGCGAUAGACUCCUCAAGGAAGUGGAGAAAAUCUAUGCUAGCCAAUUUGCUCAAGGGGACGAGAAAAAGGCAAGGGGGAGACUUCGCGCUAGUCCCCGCACGUCCACCCACCAUUAUAGUACCUUCCGGUCCGGUACCUGGAUCGGCCUGUCAAUACCUGCUCUAGGGAUGGCGUUGUACCGCUUGCUUCAGGCAGAAGUGAGGGAGCAAGUACCAGAGUGGCACUCCCUACUUCAAGUCUAUGCGGCUCUCUCGCUUCCGGUUAUUUUUGUUCUCCUUGUCGGACUUAAUCUCGUUGCUUGGGCGCGAGCAAGAAUUAAUUUCGUUUUUAUUUUCGGGCUCGACGUCAGAACAGUUAUUGACGCCAGAGAAUAUGUGGAACUACCCUCUUUUCUUUUCGCAACUCUUGCAUAUGCCUUUUGUAUUUCUUUUACAAUGACGGGAUCUGAAAUUAUCUCGCCUACUAAAUGGCCAAUCGUUUGGGUUGGCUUAGCUUUGGUAACUAUAUUCAAUCCGCUCCCUAUUUUUCAUCGCUCCGCCAGGGCUUGGUUCUUGCGCACUUUUGGUAUGCUCUUCCUGAGCGGCACGAGACGCGUGGAAUUCGCAGAUUUCUGGCUGGGCGAUCAACUCUGUUCACUCGUUUACACUAUGAGUAAUCUAUAUUUCUUAAUUUGUGCUUAUGUUGACCAAUGGGAGCGCAUUGAGGCGCGCUGCCAACUGGAGCAACACUGGACCGUACCACUCGUUUUAUCAACCAUUCCAUUCAUUAUUCGAUUCGUACAAUGCGUUCGUCGUUAUUUUGAUUCCAAACACGGACACCAUCUUGUCAAUGCUGCCAAAUAUGUUGCAAGUAUCGUAUACUAUGUUACCUAUUAUGUCUGGAGAUACAAUGACAUGGAGUAUGAUCUCCAUCUGGCAAUAUUUAUUCUUUUUGCUACCAUUAGUUCAGUAUUUGGUGCUUAUUGGGACUAUACGAUGGACUGGAGUGUAUUGAAGGUUCAAGGCAUAAAGUACAAGUUUUUAAGAAAAGAACUUGCUUACCCGGGCUGGAUUCCUGUGUAUUAUAUUGCAAUAAUAGCAAACACUCUGAUUCGCUUCUCGUGGGUUGGAUAUAUACCUCGCGGAGGACCGCCAAUUACCACGCGAUCUUUCAUUAUCGCCGUUUUCGAAAUGAUUCGAAGGGUGCAGUGGAACUUUCUCCGCCUUGAAAACGAACACAUCGGAAAUGCCGACCAGUUCCGGGUUACCCGAGAAAUUCCACUCCCGUACGCCUUCCCCUGUGAAGCAGAAUCAGAUGACGAGGAGGGUAGUCCAAGAAGUUCUAGGCAGUCGCGGCGCUCGAAAGAAGGUGGUGUGGGCUUGGAGAAGUAG